GUUUCCCCCUGGGCGUGGAAGACUGGAAGGACAAGGAAGGAGUAGUAGGAGGGGUGAGAGAGGAAUAAAUGUGAGAAGAGAGAUGAGAUGCUGAAAGCUUGGAGUGAGCACUGAUGAGGACACAGUAACUAAAAGGCUCAGCCAUGGCCUGCGUCAUGUACCAUGAAGAAGAUCACAACUGCACCAAUGUGGACAUACUAGUAAAACGCUAUUACCUGCCUGUCUCCUACGGCAUCAUCUUCACGGUGGGCCUGGUGGGCAACUUAACUUCCAUCAGCAUUUACCUGACGAAACUGCGUCCCUGGAAGAGCAACAGCAUCAUCAUGGUCAACCUGGCGCUGACCGACCUUCUCUAUGUCCUCAGCAUGCCUUUCCUGGUGUACUACUAUAGCAACGGGGAUUCCUGGACACUAGGUGACUUCAUGUGCCGCUUUGUUCGCUUCGGGUUUCAUUUCAACCUGUAUGGGAGCAUCCUCUUCCUGACAUGCCUGGCAAUUUUCCGCUAUGUGGUGGUGAGCCAGCCUUUGAAGGCAGCACAGGUGCAGCAGAAGAUGUGGGGUAUAGUUGCAUGCUUAGCUGUCUGGGUCAUUGCUGCUGCUGAAAUUGCUCCCAUGUUGAACAUGAUAAGUUUGGAUGAAUGCAACAACAAGACCUACUGCCUGGACUUUGCCAGCACCAUACCUGUUGACGAAAUCCGGGUAUACAGCUGGUUGCUCACUGUGCUUGGGUUUCUCCUUCCCCUAGGGGUGGUGUUCAUGUGUUACAUCGGCAUAGUGAGACAAUUGAAAAAAGGGCCCAACACAACCAGUCCCUGUCGGAUGAGAGCACGCCGAGUGUCUGUGCUGAUCCUUGUGGUGUUCAUCGUGUGUUUCCUGCCAUAUCACAUCUUGCGUGCGCUGCGGAUAGAAACCCGAAGGAUGAAUGUGACAUGCGCAGUUGACCGCAUAAUCCAUGCAGCGUACAUCAUCUCCAGGCCUUUGGCUGCCUUCAACACGUUUUUCAACCUGGCUCUUUACACUCUUUCAGGUGAUAAUUUCAGGAGGGCCUUUCACAGUACUUUUCACUUUGAACAUUGGCUGCCCAAGGCCAGAUCAUUGCUGAAAGUGGCCAUCAUCAGAAAUCGAAGCAAUGGCAUGCCUGCUCAAUGAGAACUAUCCAACAUCUGAUGUGGACAUAUUCUAAGGUCACUCACUCAGAUAUGAUGUCACAAAAGCUGUUUGAGGAGCGCCCCAGUGGUUGAGCAGUUAGAGCGCAUACCAUAUAAUCGCAGCGUCCCUGGUUAGAAUCUGGCCAUUGACUUAUGCUAAGCUGUUAGUUCUUCAUUGUGUACCUCCAAAGUGGUUCCUUAAUUUGGGGUUUGUCUGAAGUAGGAACUAUCUACCAACCCCCGAAAUGUAAAUGACUAAGCUUACAUGUUAGGUCACACCUUUUUCUUCUUCUAUCUGACAUCACAUGAACAAAUACUAUCUAAAAUCACUGUUUUCAGAGUACCUACCAAACACUGUAAAAUAUUAUUUUAU